AGCGCGCUCCCGAUACUUCAGGUGAAUGAGAGAGAAGAGGAGCGUGAUACGGUUCACUGUACGUCGCAUUAAAAAGGAACAAUUAGUGGAAAAUGAGUUGCGUUACGUCGCUUGGGGCGCAUGCUUUUAUGACAACAUAUCUGCUGUUCUUGGUGGGAUGCGUUGCACAGAAAGUGUACUUUGACUGUGGUGCCAAGGUGGAUGUGGUGGAUGUCCAGGGCCUCAUUCUUUCCCCUGGUUUCCCCUACAACUACUCCUCUGGGACACACUGUGUUUGGCAGUUCUUUGUACCAAUUGAUUACCAGCUUAUUCUAGAGAUAUUUGACUUUGAUGUGUUUGAAAGCCAUGACUCUGCCGCACAAAGAUCUGCUACUAAUUUUGAAGAGGAGGACACAGAUGAAGUAGUGAGCUUCACUCCCGGCAGCUUAGUGGCAGAUGAAACUUCACUGGCAUCUAAAGACCUAGUGCAUCAGAAUGGAGGGGAUGGCACAAAGACUCAGCAGUCCUCCCAAGAUGGCGAGGUCAAACAGGUGGUUGUCCAGGAACAGUCCACAAAAAUGGAAAUAGCCAAAGUCUCUAAUUCUGCCAAAAGAUCUGCUGAUACUGCCAGUAAUUUGGGCUCACCACCUCCACCAUCGCUCCUGCUCCUAUCGGAAGCUCUGUCUCCUGAAGACAAGGCCACCAACUCUGUCUCCUCAACUCACCUCAGGGGGGACUUCAACCCUAGUUCUAACCCUAGUGUGGUUGUGGAGAAGACCACCUUUGCCCCACCACACUCGACUGACACUCCGGCGUCCGAAACCCAGCAGUCAGUGCUCGACGCUUGCCCCCAUGACGUCCUCUACAUUUCAGAUCUCAUCACCUUCUCCUCCAGGUUCUGUGGGUCCAACCGGCCUCCCAGCAGCCAGCUGGUUUUCGGUUCCAGUCAGGAAAUGGUGGAGGUCAUUAUGGAACUCAUCACAACCACCCACUGGGGCCGUGGCUUUGCUCUUCUUUUCCAUUACCACAAUCUGACUGAACCAGGAGGGGAUCGGCGUAACAUGGCUCUAACAGCCAGCAAAGUUGAUUCUCUGCUGGCUGCUGUGAGCGGAGCUGCCUUCCUUGCCAUGAUACUGACAAGUGCCCUCUGCAUCAUUUUCAGACCCAAAUUGUGUCCAAAAAGGACUAGUUCCAGUACAUCCAGCAACUCUGAGGUGCCAGAGGGAGUCCAAAACACUGGGGCUGAGGUAAGCGAGCUGCAGCUGAUGGCUGAGAAUCAGACCAACUUGGAGGCCACUAGAGAACAGGACAACAACAACGACAGCCCACCACACACAGUCAGUGCAGGUGGAGACAUUUCCCAGAGUGCAGAGGUAGAUCUUUCUUCCAGUGGACUGACUGAACUGGAUCUUGGUGCAGACGAGGUGUUCAUCGUAUCACCGGCCUCCAGCCCCGGCAGGUUACCUAUCUCCCCUCACACGCAGCGGGAGAGGUUUCUGCGGCACAGCGACACUGGUCCGAGUCCUGCAGGUGACUGGCCCUCACCAGACUCUGCCGCCUCUCCUACUAAUGCCAGGUCCUCUAAGACCACCGGCGGCAGCAGCUGUGCCAGGCCAAGAGCGUGGAGCGUACGAACCUUCCAGGACUUCUUCCCUCCGCUGCCACAGCUGCAUAAGAAGUGGUGCAGCUGGAACUCCACCAGUCCCUUCACUAAGCUGGUGGACAGCGCUCCGUCCAGUUUAGUAGCGGGCUGCAGAGGAAACGGCAGCAGAGAGGUCUUCUCGGAUGUUCACCUGGAGGCCCAGGUAGACAACAGCACCAUCUCUGACUCAUCCAUCAGCAAUGCCUCCUACCCGCUUACAACAGCAGCUCAGAGGCAGCGCCGUCUCAACUCCACCAGCAACCUGCGGCGCUCACGCUUCACAGGGCCUUGCUUUGGUCUGCUCUCUGGGACGACAGACCUAGCCAAAGCCUCUGGAGUUCCCCCUUCACCCCAGGGCCCUCCCUCGGAGCUCAGCUCUUCUUCCUCCACCCACGGUCAGGUUGAGAGCAGCCAGGCUGGGAAGAGGCGCGAUUUCACAAGCGAAGGCGAUCACAUCAGCGUGCCGGUGUUUGCCAUCUCUGAGGAGGAGGACCGGCAGCCUCUGGUCUCAGCUGAGCACCUGAACCAGACGUCUGCCCCUGCGGUGCAGAAUGGACUUCUCAGAGGGGUGUAUGAGGGUAAGAGGCCGGCCGCGGGAAGCACCAGCCUCAGUCCCCACAGCCAGAGGGCCCGACCAGAGUGGAGACCGUGGGGCAGCCAAGCAUCAGGAGGGGUGGGUCCGCUGCCUCCCAACACACCCACCGCCACCAUCACGUCGGAGGCGGUUGGUGAGACUCAGCCCUGUCUGAGUCAGCCCACAGUGCUGUGCAGUGUGACCAACCAGAUGUGACCAGUUCAGCUUUAAGAUGGUGAGAAGAGCAGGGACUCACAGGGGCCACUUAAGCAAUUUCUGAACUCUUAUUAGUGCCACUUUUUGAAAUGUAAAAUGUACUUCUGUAAUUUCUGAAAUCAACUUUUACAUGAUUAUUAUUACUAUGUAGACUGUAGCUUCUUACCGGCACAUAUACUGUUCUCACCCUAGUUAUUCUUUUUAGAAAGUUGUUUUUGAACAAAGAUUUAAUAAUAUGCUGCUUACUAUGCUAAGACAUAGACUGCUGUGGUAUUAUGCAGAAGACAAGCAAGAUGAAAAGAAGUAUGUUCUGAAUGAGUACGCUACAAACCCCAACUGUUAGGUGCACUUUUUAACCAGAUUUAGUCACCACUUUGGCGAUUUUCAGUGAGCUAUAAUAUACUACUCUACAGCUAUUGCACUUUCAACAGCUCAUUCAUUACUAUGGAUAUUGUGCUGCUCUGUGCCAGCUUUUCCACUCAGCGUGGGUCUUCAUGUAGUUUCACUCUGAGCACAGAAUGAUAAAUACUUGUAUUAUGACUUGUUACCCAACAGUGUUCCACAGAGUAUAGAUCAUACACUAAUAUCAAUAUUGCAAAAGUGUAUACAUGUACUUCUAUGGCUGAUACUGGAUUAUAAAAGGGAAAUCAAAAUAAUAAUGUAAAAGCAUUUACUAAUAUACACUAUUAGAAAUGUGUAGUAUUGAGAACUAGCGAUCACAAUAGUAUUUAAAAUGAGUUAUGAAUAUGAAUUAAUGUAAAGUUUAAAUAAAGAUUAUGUCAUUCCCAUGUUUUGUCCCUGAUAUAAGAUGAUACAAAUUUGUGGGGUUGAAAGUAUUGACAAAAACAGAUCAAUUUCUACAGACAGCUAUAUCUGUCGUUUAAUUUCUUAAGAUAAACAGGCAAAUCAGAGCCGUAUACAUUUCAAACAUUGCUAAUACAACAUACAAGGUAAAGAGGCAUUUGUCAAACGCUCAAAUAUUUGUCAAAUCAUUUCUUUCACAAACAUUUUUUUUUUUUUUGCAUGUGCCUAGUGCUACUAUAGUGAUUUAACUAGAACACAAUUAUAGUCUAGACUAAAUGUGGACAUAGUGCAUUGCUUACACAGGUUACAGGCAUCAGGAAUGACUCCAGUCGUCAACUUUGAGAUGAUGUGAAUGCUAUUCUGAUGCCUGCUCAAUCUCCCAUAUUCCUGGAAGCUGUGAUGAGGUAGUAUGAAACCUGCCUCCUCCAUACUGCUGAGCAGCCUGGUCGACUUUUGCACACAAAACAAAA